AUGGGCAUGUGGUCCCUGUGGAGCCUGCUUCUCUGGGAAGCACUGCUUCCCCCCAGAGCCUCCAGCGCCCAAGUGCACGGCCAGGUCGGGGGCUCUGUGUUGCUGGCGGCAGAGCGCCCUGCCGGCUUCCAAGUCCGAGAGGCCAUCUGGAGAUCUCUCUGGCCUUCGGAGGAGCUCCUGGCCACGUUUUUCCGGGGCUCCACAGAGACUCUGUACCGCUCCCGCUUCCUGGGCCGAGCCCAGCUCCACAGCAACCUCAGCCUGGAGCUCCAGCCUCUGGAGUCUGGAGACAGCGGCAACUUCUCUGUGCUGCUGGUGGACACGGGCGGUCGGGCCCGGACCCAGCUCCUGCAGCUCAAGGUGUACGAUGCAGUGCCCAGACCCGUGGUACAAGUAUUCAUCGCUGUAUCAGGGGACGCUCAGCCACCCAAGACCUGCCAGGUGUUCCUGUCCUGUCGGGCCCCCAACAUCAGUGACAUAACCUAUAGCUGGCGACGGGAGGGGACCAUUGACUUUGGUAUUGAACCAAGCGGCCUGUUCACGGAUGGACAGGUGCUGAGGGUUUCACUGGGACCAGGAGAGAAGAGUGUGGCGUAUUCCUGCAUUGUCUCUAACCCCGUCAGCUGGGACUUGGCCACCGUCACCCCUUGGGAGAGCUGCCAUCGCAAGGCAGCCCCAGGAAAGUCCUCCUACAAAGAUGUGCUGCUGGUGGUGGUCCCCAUCUCCCUGCUCCUGACCCUGGCUGCUCUCCUCUCUGCCUGGCACUACUACUGCUCAGGGAAAAAGCAGAAGGACAUCUGUAUUGACAGAGUGGCUCCAGAGACAGAGAACCCCCUUGUGUAG